AUGCCAUCAGACGCCACUGCGGUCAAUUGGACGCCAUCGGGCAAGCCUUUUCUUGCUGCGGACUAUGUCAACGAUGGAAAGAAGCAUCUACUCCUGGCUGCUAGUGGCAGUGUGGCUACGAUCAAAAUCCCCAAUAUUAUACAUGCGCUCUCCCAUUGUCCCGAUCUCUCUAUCCGGCUCAUUCUCACUUCGUCCGCACAUGAGUUUCUUCAAGGUCAAAGCGCUGAACAGCCCACGCUGGCGGAAAUUGGUCGUAUGCCUAACGUCGGCGGCGUCUAUCUUGAUGGAGACGAAUGGUCUGAACCAUGGGUGCGCGGUGCCGCCAUCUUGCAUAUUGAAAUUCGUCGUUGGGCAGAUCUGCUAGUCGUUGCUCCACUCUCUGCCAAUUCUCUCGCGAAGAUGAGCCUAGGUUUAGCUGACAAUCUAUUGCUGUCAGUUGUUCGGGCUUGGGACACUACAGGGCUAAUUGAUGGGAUUCGCAAACAUAUCAUUGUCGCCCCGGCCAUGAACACUGCGAUGUGGAUGCAUCCUGUCACCCAGAAGCAUCUCCGGAUUCUUGAAGGAGAGUGGGGCAUGGAAAUUGCUCAAGAUGGUUGGAUUGAGGUGAUCAGGCCAGUGCAGAGAACCCUCGCUUGUGGAGACACAGGCAAUGGAGCGAUGCGUGACUGGUCUGAGAUCGUUGCUGUUGUGAUCCAACGACUAGAUCUCGGGAAUUCGACUGCCUAG